ACUUUCUUAUCUAAAUGAUGUCAACUCCCAAUGUCAUCAACGUCAGCGACAGUCACACUCGUCAAGAUGGCGCCUGUACACCUGUGUGUACUGCUCGUGAUCAGCUCCUGUGUCUCGCAGACUUUCUCCAAGCCAGUGUCAGGUGGUAGUGAGCUCCAUGAAAGGAGUGACGACCCUCAGCCCCUAGGGGCCGUUGUGGACAACCUGGCGAGUCGGCUGGCGAGGGUGGAAGCAAGUAGCACAGAAAUGCAAAAUGAACUUGGUGUACUGAGAGCAAAACGAUGUGAGUCUGGUGUCGUUGGCUUCGCACCUCACGCGCAGGCCAACGUCAUCGCGCCAGACGGGAACCAGUCGAGGACUCACACCAUCCACAUCAACUUCGCCCGACCCUUUGCCACCACACCCUGGGUCUCCAUCGGCAUGAGCGAAAUAGACGGGUACAACACCGCCAACCUCAGGAUCAGCCUGUCGGCUGACGGCGUUUCCACUUCCGGUUUUAACGCGCAUGCGCUUGAGUGGGCUGACACAAACAUCCUCAGCGCCACAGCCACUUGGGUCGCUUGCAACGUGUGACAACCAAGGGAGAGCAUUGCUUGUAGUUAGCGAUUCUCGAUUAUCUCGACAACUGUUCGCCAUGCACUUCACUUUACUAAAGACAAGUAAAUCUUUAGAUCGUGUUUA